AUGGACAAUUCUCCAACUGCCCUCUUUGAAAAUUACGACGAGGACCUCGCCACCCUCGUCGCUUCCAUCAACGGCAAGCUCGCCGAUGUGCGCGGCCUCAAGGGCGAACCGCGCAAGGCCUUCUUGAAGAAGAUUGCCGACGAGCUCGAUGAGGCCGACGAGACGGGUACAGCUAUAUACUUGUCCGCGGUCUCUGGCUGUCGACAGCUGCGGUCAUUCGCCAUCGGUCAUCGCCGCCGCGCCAUGCGAUGCCCCCAUGUCCCCGAUGGUGGUCACCCACCCACGACCUCGGCGUACCAGCCUCCAGCUACUUGCCGCGCUUCUGCUCCUCCACUGCGUUCCCAGCUGACAGCCGCACAGAUUGCGCAAAUGGACGUCGAGAUCCCGUCCAUGCCCGUCUCGAUCCGCAAGACGUUCACCGACCGCCUGGCCACGUCCAAGUCUGCCGUGGACAAGGCCAAGCGCGGCGCCCGCGACGCCCGCGCCGAGACACAGCGCCAGGAACUGCUCUCGUCGGGCCGUACGUCGACCGACGACCCAUACUUUGACGGUACCGGCAGCGGCGACGAGGCGACGGCGUUUUCGACGCGCACGCGCCUGCUGGCCGGCACCGAGGCGCUGUCCGACUCGUCGCGCCGCCUCGACAAUGCGCACCGCAUCGCCCUCGAGACCGAGGACGUCGGUACCGAUAUCCUGCGCAACCUCCGCGGACAGAGGGAGCAGAUUGAGCAUACCCGCGACUCGCUCACGCGCGCCGAUGGCAGCAUCGACCGGGCGGCAGGCACCCUCAAGAAGAUGAUUUACAAGAUGUACCAGCAAAAAGUCGUCACGGGCGCCAUCAUCGCCGUCCUCGUCGCCCUCAUCCUGCUGGUCCUCUACUCCAAGUUUGCCUAA